AUGCCUAGGCACUUUGAAAUAGUUGUCAUCAAUAAUCCUUAUCAACUAACCUUUGCUGAAAACACUCUGGUGCAACCAAUAUGUUCGAUAACUGGUGAAAUUGAACCUGAGUUUGAAGCAAUAUCUGCAAUAGCUAAAGCUCAUUUCUUAGAUGAGAUUUGUGAUGUAUUGGGAAUAGUUCUCUUUGUAGAGAACGAAGUGCCUUUGGUUGAUUCUUUUUAUGGACAUAAAGCAUAUGUCAGAGAAGUUGUUAUAACAUAUCAAACGAACACACAACCAAUCAUUGUUAAUGUUUGGAAUCACCUUGCUGGAAGUGCUUGUGAGAAAAUGAAUGUGUGGGCUGCAAAAUUUAUAGUAGUUGGUUUUACAUUAGUGAAGGCCUGCGGUUUGAAAGGUUUCUCUCUUUCAUCUGGAAUGGAUACACGAAUAAUAUAUGAGCCAAAAGGAGAUAGAGCUAAUGUCCUACGUGUAUGGUCAAACCUUUAUGUACAAAGGGUCCUAGAUCGACAAGGUAGAAUUCUUCAAGUCCGAUAUCCUGAAAAUCCACAAGAGACUGUGACAGUUCAAUAUCUCAAAGAAAAGAAGGUACAAAAUGCAUUGCAAGAUGAAAGCCAUUGGCUGCCAGCAACUAUACCAUAUGCAAAUUUGGAACAACUGACCAUAUAUACAGGAUGCUUGAAGUGUGGAAAACCAACAAAUUUACCCAAAGGAAGACAAUAUGCCUGCACAAAAUGUUAUGCCAAAAAAAGAGUGGCUUGUAUCAGGGUUGCUUUUACAUUUGAUGCUGUAGAUAACAAUGAUAUCAUAUCACUUACAGCAUUUAACAAUGAGGCUGAAAAAAUCUUAGGAAUGCAUGCUGAGCAGAUAUAUGCUAUGAAAGAAAAUGAAGAUCACAUCUCUUUUGAGAAGGCAAAGCAGAAUUUCAGCUCAAAAUUACUACAUCUAAAGGUUGCUCCUAUACCAGCACUAACUGCAACUAACAAACUACAAUGGUCAUUAGAGGCAGUUAUCAUUAAGGGAAAUAUGCGUGCCAUUGCAUACACUGACACUUCUUCAGGUGCCACAAGCAAUGAAAGGAUAGAUACACACACAUCAUCCAAACAGAACACCAUUAUUGACUCAAUGGAAGAAGAUAAAACUAUGAAAGAAAUCAAAGGCAACACUGAUGACACCAGCAGUGCUACUGAUGGGACGGUAUCAUCUACCACAGGUGUUAAAGACUAUGGUAAAGGAGCAUUCCCUAACUAG